GAGGGCAGGGCAGGGCAGGGCGGGAUGAGCGCGGCGGCGGCAGAGGAGACCCGGGCACUGCUCGUCUCUGCAGAUUACAGCACAAUCCAAGGUUCAAGUGAUUUGCAGCAUGAAAACCCAAGAGAGUCAACAAAGAUGACGAGAUAUCAAAUAUUCACAUUAGUAUCAUCUGCAUCAGUGAACUUUAGUUCUAUGAUUUGCUAUUCUAUUUUGGGACCUUUCUUUCCGAAGGAGGCAGAAAAUAAAGGCGUCAGUGACACCAUUGUUGGAAUGAUUUUUGGAUGUUUUGCAUUCUUUAACCUUGUAUCUUCACUGAUAUUAGGAAAAUAUAUUGUGCAAAUUGGAGCAAAAUUCCUCUUUGUGGUUGGUAUGCUUGUGUCUGGCUGCUGCACCAUUCUUUUUGGUUUAUUGAAUCGAGCUCCUGAUGGAGGUAUCUUUAUUGCACUGUGUUUCAUAAUAAGAUCAGUUGAUGCUAUUGGAUUUGCUGGGUCCAUGACUGCUUCGUUUUCAAUUCUUGCGAGGGCUUUCCCAGAAAAUGUUGCCACAGUUAUGGGAUGCAUGGAAAUAUUCAGUGGACUUGGUCUAGUGCUGGGACCACCAUUUGGAGGUUUUUUGUACCAGUCGUUUGGAUAUGAAGUUCCUUUCAUCGUACUUGGAUGUCUUGUUCUUUUAAUGGUGCCUUUAAACAUAUGGAUUUUACCAAGCUAUGAUGGAAUUCGUAGCACCAAGGCCUUUUGGACACUACUUGCACUUCCCAAAGUGUUUUUUGUAGUACUGAUUAUAUUUUCUAUAAGUUCAUGCAUUGGGUUUCUGGAUCCCACCAUGUCCCUGUUUGUUAUUGCAAAGUUCAACUUUCCAGUUGGUCGUGUGGGAUUGGUAUAUGUGGGCUUUGCUUUGUCGUAUGCGCUCUCUUCUCCUUUACUUGGAUUUGUCAGUGACCGAAUACCAAGAGCCAGGAAGUGGCUAAUAGUAAUAGGAAGUUGGUUAACAUCUAUCAGUUUUCUAUUUUUGGGACCAAUACCUAUUUUUCAUAUCAAGAGUGAGAUCUGGAUGUUUAUUUCCAUGCUAAUCCUCACUGGGUUUUCACUUGGCAUGUGCGGUAUUCCAACGUUUCCAGAAAUCAUCAACUGUGCCUAUGAGAAUGGCUUUGAAGAAGGACUGGGUACUUUAGGUUUGGUGUCUGGAAUCUUUGGAGCAUUUUGGUCUCUGGGAACAUUUAUUGGUCCGACCCUGGGUGGAUUCCUAUAUGAAAAGUUUGAUUUUGAAUGGGCUGCAGCUAUACAAGGAAGUUUACCAUUUGUUUCUGGUAUGUUGAUGGGUUUGUACUUCAUAGUGGAAAUGUUACAGAGAAGGAGGAGGUCUUGUUCCCGAAUUGAGAAUUGCACAGCCGAAGAAAGCAAACAACUACUGAAAUAAGUCGUUUUAAGAAACUACAGUUGUUUUGUAACCAGUCUUUGGAAACCUACAAAGGGGGAAAAAAAUUUUUAACAGACUUUUCAGAUGAACCACAUAUUAUGUACUUGGAAAUGAUUUACUUAAUGUUAAAGUGCUUUAUAUUCAGAAGUGGUAUUAAUUUAAUUCACUUGAUGUAUAUAAAAGAUGUACAAUUUAGUUGCUCACCAAAUGUAAUAUGGCAAAUAGGUUUUGCAUUAAACUGUUUUGUGCCACAAUAUCCUCCUACUGUACACAGAAUACAUUAAAGGUACAAGUAUAUAAUGAA